CAAUGUAAUUAGUAGGCAAACCAGGUUUUGUGUCGGUCGUGUGGGUUGUUAGAACCGUAUAGAACGGUGCAUAAUCGUGUGGGAGGAAAGGCCGAAUAAUGUCAGCAAUUACUUUGUUGAAUCCAAAAGCAGAAUUUGCGAGAGCUGCUCAGGCUCUUGCAAUAAAUAUUUCCGCAGCGAAGGGUAUUCAAGAUGUAAUGAGAACUAAUUUGGGUCCUAAGGGCACGAUGAAAAUGCUGGUGUCUGGAUCUGGAGACAUUAAGAUUACAAAAGAUGGCAAUGUACUGCUUCAUGAGAUGCAAAUCCAGCAUCCCACAGCUUCACUCAUUGCACGUGCAUCCACUGCCCAGGAUGAUAUGACCGGAGAUGGGACGACAUCAACUGUUCUUGUUAUUGGGGAACUCCUCAAGCAAGCUGACCUCUAUAUAUCAGAAGGUCUUCACCCACGUACUAUUACAGAAGGUUUUGAAACAGCCCGACUAAGGACUCUGGAGGUUUUGGAACAGAUUAAGAUUAAGGUUGAACCAACACGUGCAGAUCUGUUGAAUGUGGCACGUACAUCAUUGUGUACCAAAAUCCAUCAGCAGCUUGGAGAUGUCCUGACUGACAUUUGUGUGGAUGCGGUACUGGCGGUGCGUCAGAGCGAAAUGCCAAUUGAUUUGCACAUGGUAGAGAUCAUGGAAAUGCAGCACAAGACAUCUACUGAGACAAAUCUGGUGCGAGGGCUUGUGCUGGAUCAUGGUUCUCGACAUCCUGACAUGCCUAAGCGGGUGAACAAUGCCUAUAUUCUCACAUGCAAUGUAAGCAUGGAGUAUGAAAAAAGUGAGGUGACCUCUGGUUUCUUCUAUAAGUCUGCAGAGGAGAGAGAAAAGUUGGUGUCUGCUGAACGAGAAUUUAUUGAGAAACGAGUGCAGAAAGUGAUUGACCUAAAGAAGAAAUUGUGUGACAAAACAAACAAGAGUUUUGUUGUUAUAAAUCAGAAGGGUAUUGAUGCUAUGUCCCUUGAUAUGUUUGCAAAGGAAGGCAUCAUUGCUCUUCGGAGAGCCAAGCGACGUAACAUGGAGCGUCUGGCACUGGCGUGUGGUGGUUCUGCCAUGAACAGUGUUGAUGAUCUCACAGAGGAACAUCUUGGUUUUGCAGGCCUGGUUUAUGAACAUGUACUGGGUGAGAACAAAUUCACAUUUGUUGAGGAAUGCAAGUUUCCACAAAGUGUUACCAUCUUGAUCAAAGGUCCAAACAAACAUACACUCACACAGGUUAAGGAUGCUGUUCGUGAUGGGCUGCGAGCCAUAAAGAAUGCUAUUGAUGAUGGCUGUCUCAUUCCUGGUGCCGGUGCCUUUGAAAUAGCAGCGAGUCAGGAGUUAUUCCGCUACAAGAAUGAGGUGAAGGGUAAAACUCGUCUUGGUGUUCAAGCCUAUGCGGAGGCUCUGCUUAUCAUUCCCAAGACUCUGGCUGUAAACAGCGGUUUUGAUGCUCAGGACACCAUUGUGAAGCUGCAGGAAGAAGCGCAACUACUUGGUGAGCCAGUUGGAUUGGAUGUUAAUUCUGGAGAGGCGUUAAGACCAUCAGAUGCAGGGAUCUUUGACAAUUACAUUGUUAAAAAGCAGAUUAUCAACUCUUGUUCUGUGAUAGCAAGCAAUCUGCUUUUGGUGGAUGAGAUCAUGCGAGCUGGUAUGUCAUCACUGAAAGGCUGAGACAGUCACGAGAUGAUCCACAGGCAUCAGCAUUCCCUACACACUUCAACCUCAUCAUUGCUGCUAAAGAGAAUUUUCUUUAAUUAAAUUUAAAAAAUUAAAGAAAUGACUAGACUGCUAAUACAGAUGCUCACAUUAUAUUCAUAUAUGUAAUUUCACGUAUUACACCAAAAUGUACCAAUGAAUUUUCUGAUGAUAGUGAAGACAGUUUUGUGAUAUAAUGCUUUCUUUGAUAUGUGCCAGAAAAAUUAAACUCAUCAUUAGAAUUCUUUUCUUUUGACCUUUGGAAAUUGUUGUGGAAUACAUAAGAAAUUGAAGUUACAAAUUUAAUUUUGCAUACCUUAUCCACUGGAUUUUUCUCAGUUAUAGUAUCCUUGAGUAUAUUAUGUUGUGUCCCAAAUGAUAUCCAACAUUGAAAUUGAUUGCAGUACUCAAAUACAUAAGUUGCAGCCCUAUUGCAGUGUUUCAUUACAGUGGUCAACUGAAAAUGCAGGCGUAAGUAAAUUUAUAAGUUUUAAAAUAAUGAAACAAAGUAAUUUCAGAUACAAAGGACUGCUCUUCACCAGCAGUUAACACAAAAACCCAGCAUUGUCAUAUUCCAUCCCUUUAAGUCUCUUCAUGCUAUGGUUCUCACAUUAUUUGACAAAACUAACCCCUUACUCUGUUGCCAGACAAGUUGCUGGGCCGGAGAUGAAGCCCAGAACUUAAAAGACUUGAGCAUGAGAUAAUGUGCUGCCUGGUUAAGGCUGUCACACACACUGAUGAGUAUGCAGCAAUGAAGGAAUUAUCAACAGGGGAAAGCCAAAUGAGCUUGGAAAAAAUGCUGCUUUAGAUCCAUUUCUCCCAGUAUGAAUCUCACAUGACAUGAAAAGUCUAAACUAUGGACCAUGUGGUUUGAUAAUGCUGAAAAUUGAGCUUAUUAAUAUCUUGAUGCAUUGUAUUAG